CUCUGCAGUGUCUUGGCAGCUGCAUUAGUGCAUCUCCCACCGUCCGCGAUGCCUUCACGGCCAAUGCCUGCCUCCUCCGCGUCCACUUGACGAGAGAAACCGAUAUGAAGUCGUCGGGAAACUGAGCCGGACGUUCACACAUUGCUUGCUAUAUGCCCCGGAGAUAGUCCGGAGCGCUUCAUUCACGCACCGAGAGCCCGUGACGAGAAUUUUUUAAUGGAAAAUGGCGAUAGGCGAAAGGUCUUGCAGCAUCGUCUGCUUGCUAUCUAUCCAGAUUAUCUUCAUUUUCAGCGCAUCGUGGCCUGGAGCGCAGGGUCUCUUCCCCCAGCAAUACACGAUGAUGCACUGGGCCAGGCGUAUCGAGCAGGAGAUUGACAGAGUCUUUCAGCACAUCACUGGAGCUCAGCAGCUGAAAGGGAUAUACAACGAAGAAAGGCGUCGGUUUAGUCUGGUGAAGAAUCAGCCUCGGAAGAUUGUUGAAAAGGUGGCCUCAGAUAUAGAGAAGCUCUUGGCUAAAAAGCGCAAAGCACUUGAUAGGUUAGCCAGUGAAGCAGAGCGACUCCAGCGGGAGCAUUUAUGGCAGGAUGAAAUCAAGGAGCUGGACAUGGCUUACUAUGACUCCAAGGCAGAGCUGGAUUAUUAUUCCAUGGAUGGAGAAGGAGAGGUGGAAAAUCCCUCUCACAUCAAGCUGGAAUUUGUGUAUGACCCAAACUUCAAAAAUAAUGUCAACUAUUCCUACACAGCUGUUCAGAUUCCCACUGAUAUUUAUAAAGGAGCUCCCGUCAUUCUCAAUGAAUUGAACUGGACGCAAGCGUUGGAGAAAGUGUUCAUGGAAAACAGUCGAGAGGAUCCGUCGCUGCUGUGGCAAGCAUUUGGGAGCGCGACAGGAGUCACUCGCUAUUACCCAGCAACACCUUGGAAAGCCCCUGAUAAAAUUGACCUGUAUGAUGUCAGGAGGAGGCCCUGGUACAUCCAGGGCGCCUCAUCACCCAAAGAUAUGGUCAUCCUUGUUGACGUGAGCGGCAGUGUCAGCGGUCUCACCCUGAAACUGAUCAAAGCAUCAGUGAUGGAAAUGCUGGACACUUUAUCCGAUGAUGACUACGUCAAUGUGGCCAGGUUUAAUGAGAAGGCUGAGGCUGUGGUUCCUUGCUUCAAACAUCUUGUCCAGGCUAAUGUGCGUAACAAAAAGAUUUUCAAGGAUGCAGUGCAGCAGAUGCAGGCUAAAGGCACCACUGACUACAAGUCUGGGUUUCACUUUGCCUUCAAUCAACUGUUAAAUAAGACAAACGUCCCCCGGGCUAACUGCAAUAAAAUAAUCAUGCUGUUUACUGAUGGAGGGGAGGACCGCGCUCAGGAUGUUUUCAUGCAAUACAACUGGCCCAACAAAACAGUUCGAGUAUUUACCUUUUCUGUGGGCCAGCAUAACUAUGAUGUCACACCAUUACAAUGGAUUGCCUGCACCAAUAAAGGCUACUAUUUUGAGAUCCGUUCCAUCUGUGCUAUAAGGAUUAACACCCAGGAGUACCUCGACGUGCUGGGCCGCCCCAUGGUUCUGGCAGGCAGCGAAGCCAAGCAGGUUCAGUGGACCAAUGUGUAUCAGGAUGCUCUGGGUCUUGGCAUGGUAGUAACUGGGACUUUGCCUGUUUUUAAUCUCACCAUGGAUGGAAACUCACAGAAUCAGCUGAUUUUAGGUGUCAUGGGAGUCGAUGUGCAUCUUGAUGAGAUAAAGCGACUUACACCGCGGUACAAUCUUGGGGCCAAUGGAUACAUAUUUGCCAUUGAUCCAAAUGGAUAUCUGCUCCUUCAUCCUAAUCUCCAGCCAAAGCUUGUGAACCUCCCUGAACCUGUGACGCUGGAUUUCCUGGAUGCAGAGGUGGAGGACAGCAAUAAAGAGGAGAUCCGCCGACAGAUGAUUGACGGAAGACCAGGCGAAAUACAGAUCAAAACUCUUAUAAAGUCGAUUGAUGAGCACUACAUCGAUGAGGUCUACAGGGGUUACACCUGGACUCCUAUCAAUGGUACAGAUUACAGUCUUGGCCUGGUAUUGCCACCCUACAAUGAGUACUACAUCCAGGCAGAUCUGAGCGAUGUGAUGGUGCAGCUCCAGUAUAUGCAGUCUUUGCUGCCCAGCUCCUUUGAGUCAUCAGGCCACGUUUUUUUAGCUCCCAGGGAAUACUGCAAGCGUCUGCAGCUUUCUGACAACAACACCCAGUUCUUGCAGAACUUUCUGUCUCUCAUGAUUGACAUCUCCCCAGAAUCUGAUGAGUGUGACCAAGGACUUAUCCACAACCUGAUUUUGGAUUCUAGGAUUAUUGGACAGCUGGCUUCUCGUGUAUGGAAGAACAAGGACCUCAAUUCGUACGGCUUCCUAGCUGUAUUUGCAUCCACAGAUGGAGGAAUAACACGAGUUUUUCCCAACAUAGCUGCUGAGUUGUGGGAUGAAGAUCCUGAACCCUUCAAUUCAAACUUCUACAGACGGAACCUCGAUAACAAAGGCUACAUGUUCAGACCUACACUGAAAUACUCUUUGGAGGACCCCAUGGGAGCAGAAAAUAGCACUGGUGAAAUUCUGAUUAGUUCAGCUGUAGAGGUUAAUAUAGCAGGAAAACUGCUCAGACCCGCAGUGGUUGGUGGGAAGCUGGACUUGGAAGCUUGGGUGGACAAGUUUAAAAUCCUGGCCAGCAACAUGUCAGAUAGUCGACAGGGCUCACACAAGUGUGGACCAUUGAGAAGUUGUGAGAUGGACUGCGAAAUGGACACAGAUGAACUCGUCUGCUAUCUCAUCGAUGAUGGUGGUUUCCUGGUUAUGUCCAAUCAGGCAGAUUACUUUCAAAAGAUUGGUCUUUUCUUCGGUGAUGUGGACCCUUCCCUGAUGUAUGCCCUCUACAAUAAUUCAAUCUUCACUCGGCGGCAGUCUUUCCAAUAUCAGUCUGCGUGUGAACCAGUCAGCAGCAGUCACACUGGCUCAGCACCGAGAGGCAUUUUUGUGCCGUCCAUUGCUGAUAUCUUGAGCUUGGCUUGGUGGACGUCAACAAUGGCAUGGUCUGUGUUUCAGCAGCUUCUUUAUGGACUGGCGUAUAACAGCUGGCUCUAUCAAGAUGAUGUCCUUGUUGAAGGCUUUGAGACAAAAGAAAGCAGCUGUGUGACCAUCCAUAGCCAGUUCUACUUCACUAACACCACAAACUCCUACAAUAUGCUGCAGGACUGUGGAAACUGCUCGCGGCUGUUCCAUGCAAAGAGGAUAGAAAACACAAACCUGCUUUUCGUGGUUGCUGAGAAACUGCUCUGCAAGUCCUGUGAAAUUGAGACACUGAACCUGGUCAGGACAGAGUUUCAGGAGGAAAAUCCAUGUGAAGUAUUAAACAAUGCACGAUAUCGUAAAGGCCCAACUACCUGCUUUGACUACAGUGCCUUAGAAAACACGUCAGAGUGUGGACGAGGUCAUUCGCUGCAGUCCUCCAUAGGAGUGCUCCUCUUCAUUCAGCUCACUCUGCCUCUCUUUCAUCUCUCACACAUGCAAACGCUCUGACAUUUUUUUAUCUCUUCAGGUUAAGGCUCGGAUCUACUGAAGAGCAGAUCAAACAGCAACUGUAAAAUUCUUCUUUUUUUUGAACUACAAACAGCUCACAGAGCAUAGUGCUUGGCAAGAAAACCCUGGAUCAGCUCAUAGUGUCUUUUGCCUUAUUGCUAAUGCAUUUGUUGGUGUUUCAGGGCUUGAGUGCAACACAUAUGAUUAGAAUGUGUUGAGUGUGCAUGCUAUUUAAACUGAGAUUGCAUCUUUAUUUUAUUUAUUUUUUGCAUAAAGGCUUAGCCACAGCGAAAAGUCAGGGAGUCAGCCACAACAGGCCGAUGGCUAAUCACCCAGCAGCAGCAAAUGUCGAUCGCAGUUUGAUCGUGGUGGUGAAAUUUUAAAUUUGUUUUCUGGUAAAUACGGUGGGGGAGGUUGUAAUCACAUCUGUUACAAUAGUAAAAUUCAAAAUUUUAACAAAGUAACAUCCAAUAUUAAAACAAAAAGAGUUUAAUGUAAUUAAAGUGUAUUGUAUCAUUACAUUAUUUUUACCGUUGUAUUCAGUAUUGUAAUAUAGUAUGUGGCGAAGCUAAUUUUAUAUUAUAUUUGCUUGGGUCUAUAAUAAUCUGUCAUUAAAAAAAUAAUUAUAGAUUAUUUGUAUAAAACUGCCAAAUAGGUCAGGUCAAGUCAAGUCACGUUUAUUUAUAUAGCACAUUUAACACAACAAAAGUUGACCAAAGUGCAAAAGGAACAGGUGACUACAACUGUCUGAUAAAUGUAGUGAUUGAAAAGUGCAAUCUUGUCUUCUGUAAUAUAGAGCGAUUGGAGGACUGAAGGUGCCUGUGGGGUUUUACUUAAUUUCUGGUGACAGUUGGUGCUGAUUUCUUUUCUUGUAAAACAUUUGCAAAAACUGUCUUUACAGGUUAAGCUUAGCUUGCUUGGAUUGGCUGAUAACUUAGCAGUCCACCUUCUUAUUCA